AUGGCAGCCCCCGACCUUCACGCCGCUGUUACUAAUGCAGAGCGCGAAACCACCGGCACCGACGCGCUCAGUCUUUCUGUCCAGGACUAUGCAACCAUUCUCGAGCAAGUGUACAAGAUCACCCUCCUCCCUCCAGACCUGGAUACCACUGCCGAAGAUAAUAUGCUGGCCUGUCGGAUUUAUGACUGUAUGGAUCCACUUCUGGUCCUAGGGCGACAACGGAGCAACGAAAUCACCACCCUCUUCAACGCCCUACCGUCCUCUGAUCCCAGCACUGGUUCGACCUCAGAAGAGCACCAGCAGCAUGAAGCGCUGAAACACAAGCGGCAGGCGUUACUCAACCUCCUAACGCGUGGGAAGUUGGGCCAUGGGUGCAGGAUCGACCCCCCAUUUCAGGUCGACUAUGGUCACAACAUGACCUUGGGCGACAAGGUCAUCUGGGGUCCCAAUGGCGUCGCACUCGACUGUGCGCCCAUCUCGAUCGGCGACAGGACGAUCCUCGGACAGGGUGUGAGGCUCUUUGGCGCCACACAUCCACUCAACCCGCUCCUGCGGUACCCUGUCCGACAGUUUGAUUUCUCGAUGGAGAUUCAUAUUGGCAAGGACUGUUGGUUGGGGGGUGGGGUUAUUGUUUGCCCGGGUGUGAGGAUUGGAGAUGGAGUGACAGUGUUGCCGGGGAGUGUUGUUACCAAGAAUGUGCCGUCGUUUACUGUUGUCGCCGGGUGUCCUGCGAGGGUUGUGAAAGUGCUGGAGAGGGAGGGGUGUGAGGAUGAGUGGCGGGCGUUGGUGGCGUUCUUGAAAAGCGGGAAGGUAGAGAGUAAGGAAGAGGAAGAGGAAGAAGGGCUGGCUAGUAGGAGGAUAGAAGAGUUUUUCGAUCAGUGGAGACCUCCUGCUGUCGAGACCAUGGCCCUUCCCUAG